GCGAGCUCCCCCCUCCCCCUCCCCUCCGUCCCGCCGGAGAAGAGCCCGGCGAGUCCCCCCCCCCUCCGCUAGCUCGGCCGGGGCCUCUCCCCACCACCCAGCGCCUCCGUUCUCCCACGACCGCGGUGCGUCAGUUGGGGGCGCGGGGUCUACUACCUACGACCGCGGGUUCUGACUGCUCCCCGACCCCGGCGAGGGCUCGCCCGAGUACCGGGCGCCGCCGGGUGGAGAUCCGUGCCGUUGGCGGAUGUUAUAUAGCAAUCGAACCAGAUAACACUCAGUCCAGCACUCAAGCAGCCAUAUAGUGUCUUAGUGCAAGAAGCACGAUGCUUGAGGAUUUCUUUACUCUUACGGAGAUGAGGGAUGGCAUUUCAACUGUAGCACGAAUAGGAGAACUGGUCUCUGAGAUCAAGAAGCUGAAAAGUGCUGUUGAACUUAACACAGCUGACUUGACAAGGCAGUGCACAACUGCUGCAAACACUCUAGCAUCCACCAAAAAUGAAGAGUGUCUUCAGCAUUUUGUUCAUCUAAACGGUGUUGGUUUUCUCCAUCAAUGGCUCCAGGAUGCUCAAAACUGUGGUGAGGAUAUCAGCAAUGCAGCAGAAGACCUAAUAGUUGCAGUAUUGACUGCACUGGAGUGUCUUCCAGUUGAAAAUGCACAAAUAACUUCUUGUGGUGUUUUGCAUACUGUUGAACAUCUACUUGCUCAUAGAAAUGCUGAUAUCAGUAAAAGGGCAGGAGUACUUUGUCAUAAAUGGAGCAGCGUACAAAAGUGCAGUUCUGAUGUCCAUGACAUGGUAGUAAAAGCGCAUGACCCAGAUCAGCUUAAACUCCAAAAACCUAGAUUGGAGUCAGAAAAAGAUACAUAUGAUGGGACAAAUGAAGCAGCAAUUGCAGGAGAUAAAUUGAAGUCUGAGGUGAUGGUCUGCUCAACUGUUCCGCUGCCUAAUCACUCUCAGACCGAUGAUAGCAGUGAUAUAGUGAAGCAGACACCGGUGCUUACACCUCCAAACUCUGAUGGAAAUGCCAGUUUAGGUGAUGGGAACCCCUCAGUACCAUCCCUUGCAUCUCAUCGUGGUUUAGAAAAUGUACCUGUGACCGAGGAGUCUUCUGCAACCAAUGAUGCAAAAAGUCGUGCCACGCAACUCUCACCACAGGAUGUAACUACAGAGGCCAAGUCUUCUGGGACUACUAAUCCAGAAAAUCCAUUAGUUAGUAAACAAAUGGAUGUGCAGGACCAAAAUGUUUCUACUAACCUGGAUAUCAAGAAAGUUGAAUCAUUUUCACAAGAUAAGAAGAAUAUAGUGGAAGGCUUGGACCUAAGCCCUGCCUUGCAAGAUUCAUCAGAUGACGAAAGUACAGGCAAAGAUGAGGGGCCUACAUCAUCAUCUGAUACAGAUGUAAAGGGUGCUGUCAAUGAAUUGAGGUUGAAGCGAUGCAUGAAGAGCUUUGGGGAUUCCUCGAAGGUGGUAGACAAGAAAUUGACAGCAGACAAGGGAGAUACAUCAAAACCAUUAGCUGAGUAUGAUGAUACUGAUGCACUGGAAGUAGCUCGUUUGGUUGCUAUUGAGGUAGAGCGGGAAGUCAUUGACUACAGGGGUCCUUUUUGUGGUUCUCCUGAUAUUAAUUCCAGACGGUCUGACAGUCCUGACUUGGAAGCACGCCGGCAGCCUGAACCCCCCAUGGAUGAGCUGAAUAAUGAUAAUAAAUCCUCCACUACAGGGGAGGAUUCAGGAAGUUCCUCAUCUAUGAAGGAGGAUGGCUCAGGUAUCACAGAUGACAGUGGCACUUUCAGUAGAAAACAUACCCGGAGCAUGAAGCUCGGAGGCUUUGAUCUUAAUGAAAAUCAGUGCACCGAGGAAGCUGAUUGCCAUACAAAGUCCACCCUCAGUAAUUCAAUUAAUUUAUCAACUCCUAUAGCUGUCGCUGCUUCAAGAACCUCUUCUGUGUUCCCAGCUCGAUUGCACUUUGAAGGUGAACUGGGAUGGAAAGGUUCUGCAGCCACUAGUGCUUUUCGGCCGGCUUCUCCUCGGCGUACUCCUGAUGGAGAGAAAUCAGUUUCUGCUUCUUCACAGAAAACAAGCAAUGCACUGUUUGACUUGAAUGUUUCUGAGAGUGAUAAUGCUACUGUUGGUGAACCCCUUUCAGCAGCCAUCCUUCCACUUUCUUCUAACCUAGUUCCAAAGGAUGCCUCUGCAACUGAUGACAUGAAUAGGAGCCUUGAACUUGACCUUAAUUGUCCAUGUGAUGAUGAGGAAGCUGCAAUAACUACAAGUAAUGUACCAUCAUUCUGGAAUCAGCAACAAUGUAAUGGUGAUUGGAGUCACCCUUCUUCCUCUUCAUCUUCAAGGCAACCUGCAGUUAGGAACUUCGACUUGAACGACAACACCCCAAUUGUGGAUAGCUUUUCCCGAGCUGUAGGUGAGCCCUCUGUCAAGACUUCUGGGAGGGGUGUAUCAGACCAUUCUGCAGUGACAAUUCUGGGGAAGAGAAUAGUUCUAGGACAGAAGGAACAUAUCCAUCAAAGCGAGCAUAACUUUCUUGGGCCAAGUUUGGAGUUAAGAGAUCCUGCAAGAACCAUACAGUCUUAUGCACAUACACCCCCUGAUUAUGGUGUAGUUAGCUAUCCAUCUCAAUCUGCUUUGUCUUUCCCACCAUUCUACGCACCAGGGACUGUUCCUUACAUUGUUGAUGCAAAAGGCACGCCAGUUAUACCUCCAAUGCCAGGUUUGGGUGUACCAACGCCACCAAGCUUAGGUGUGGGCACAUCUCAUCCAUCUUUCAGCAGCAGAGCAAUCCCACCCUCAUCGAGUGAAUUGAGCUAUUUUCACCCUACCAUGGAUCUUAACUACGGAAGAUCAUAUGAAGGUGGACGCAGGGAAGGUGCAAGCUAUUGGCCUGUGUCUUUCCAAGGGCAGACCAUGUUUGUGGAUGAGCGCAUGGGUAACAUGUCACAGGGUGGCAGUUCUGGAGUGCCUGUAUUGAAGCGAAAAGAACCAGACUCUGCUUGGGAUCUGUACUCACGUCGCUAGGUAUGAUGUUUGUCGCAAAUGUAAUCGAUUUUGUUGUUUAUUUAUUUGGUUUGUUCAAUGUACCGUUUACUGCGGCACCUUGGGCAUUCUGGAGUAUUUUUGGCACCUAAAAUUAGGUCCAGUUCUAUUAGGUUGGAAGACAUACCACAGAGAACUGAAUAAGGUCAGCUACGAGUAGAUUUCAGAGAUGUUGACUUGCCAUGGACAUUGUUGGCAGCUGAAUCCCCUUGUGCAGAUUUGGUUCUUUGUGAACUUAGCUUCUUUUAGUAAUCUUAAUAUAGCCAAACCACUGUAUGCAAAGCUGAAUUUAUGUAUAUCAUUGUAGAACUUAUAAUUAAUAGAUGAAUGCUUCCAGUUUGUCCUA